AUGACGAACUUACUGGAAUGCACGCAGAAGAGGUCGAGGCGCCAUACUCCCAAGGUUCGCACGGGCUGCGUCACUUGUAAAGCAAGAAAGAUACGUUGCGACGAAAAGAAGCCGAGCUGUGAGAGGUGCACCUCGACCGGACGUCGAUGCGAGGGCUACGUCGCCCUAAGACCUCUUCUUUUCGAAAUACCCCAAGACAAGGACGAACGAUGGGGGUUCUACUACUUCCGGGACAGGACUUCAAGGCAACUCCUCAGCUUCGCCCAUCACGAUUUCUGGAACCGUCUGGUUAUUCAAGCUGGCUAUUCUCGUGGUAUCGUCCGGCACGCGCUAGUCGCCAUUGCUUCCUAUCACGAGAGUGUCGACACUCCCGACCAUGUUCGACAGCUGGACCGCCAGCAGUUUGCCAUCUGCCAGUAUAACAAGGCAAUCAAAAGCCUCCUCGACGCUGGAAUUCACAGCGAUGUUGAGGAUGUUCUGUUAGCGUCGAUUUUGUUCACCUUUUUUGAAAAUGUUCGAGGGGCCUUGCCAAAUGCCCUGGUUCACCUACAUGCGGGAUUACGCGUUCUGUCCGAAUGGCGAUCUUUGCAUAGCUCUUGGGACAAUGUCAAGCCAUCGAAUCAGCUCAUUGGGCAGCAUCUUGCGCCUAUCCUAUGUCAUCUCCAGAACACAGCUGCCACCUUGAUGCCGAUAAGAUUAGACCAGCCGCGGAUAUCCUCCAUCGGCCCGCCAGAAUGUUUUCAAUCUCUCCAAGAAAGCCACGUAUUCUUUGACAAGAUAGUUCAUGGUCUCUGCGCCCGUCUCCAGUCCGUCCACAAACAGGACACUUGGCCUUAUGGUGAUGAGAGUACCAUUCAUGAAGGACGGAUAUUGCUAUGGGCAUGGUAUAAUUCAUUCAGCAAGUUUCUCGGUAAGGGGAGCCAUAGCGUCUGCUUUUGCUUCACUCCCUCAUCUCUUUGCCACUUCAACAUUGGAGCCUGCUAUCUUGAGAUGCAAUUCUUGUCCGUCAUGAUCCGACUCGAGUCAAAGGUACACCGAUCUGAAAUGGUGUUUGACAACCAUGUGGCUGAUUUUCAAGUCCUCCUCGACAUAACUACCCGGCUCGCCGAUAUGCUCUACACGGAAGAGGCUGCUGGCGCUGACACGUGUCUUGGCUUCCCGAUAGAAUACCUUGCCAUAGCUUCCUUCAUCGCUUUGCGUUGUCGGCAAUCGAUCAUCCGCAGGGGCGCCAUCGCUUUGAUGCGAUCUCACCCUAGGACAGAAGGCAUUUGGCAAAACAAAGUGGCAGCUGACCUUGCAGAAUUUAUCGUGACUCUCGAAGAGACAGGGAGCACUGUCUAUGAUGCCCCCAGCUGUCAUGAUAUACCUGAGAACAGUCGAAUUCAGCUCCUCGCCAGCAAUUUUCUCUUGUACGAUCAGAGAAGCGAAACCUUUCAAAUUGCUCACGACGUCUCAUCUCCGGACCUGAUCAAGAUCAGGGUUAUCCGCUCUGGGAUCAGGCCAGCAGACCAAGGCUUUGAGACAUUCUGGAUCGACUGUCGCCCCGAACGGGGAAUGGGCAUGGGCACAACCUACCUCCCUGACGAUGUAUCAGGCCUCUUCCCGCAAACUCUCCAGACCGAGUCGAAUCUGUGGCGACAAACCGACGGUGGAAACUGGGCAGAGUACCUCGAAAGGUCUGCCGCGUCCCAUAUCUGCGGAAAUGUCAAAGGGAUCCAGGGAGGACACCAGUAG